UCUUGGCUGGGUUUUCAAUGAUUCAAGUGUCGACAGAGCAAAAAUUGGAGAAUUCAGCAGUGAAUCAAAGCAAAUCCUGACCAAUCCUAUUCUUAUCAUAGUAUUAGUAUUACCAUUUAGAAUUUGUCAUUGAGCCUGGCCAGUCCGUUGGUGGUUGGGAUUAUAUUGCUGUCGAGAUGGCUGCCGCAUCCUCGUCCAACAAUGCUCGGCUGGACGAGACCCGUCGCCAGGUGGACGAGGUCCAGAACAUCAUGAAGGCCAACGUGGACAAGGUCCUGGAGCGCGAUGGCAAAUUGGGCCAACUCGAGGAGAGGGCGGAUCGCCUCCAAGAAGGCACGGAACAGUUCCAUCGCUCGGCCGUGCGAAUCAAACGCAAGCAGUUCUGGGAGAACAUGAAGAUGAAGAUCAUCAUCGGCGUGGUCAUCGGCGUCGUUGUCAUCAUGUUGCUCGUCUGGAUGUUCUAUUAGGUCCCUCCCUCCAUGCACGCCUGCAACACAACGCUGAGAUUGAAUCUGGACCAAUUUUGUGAACAACUAAGAUAUUCCAUUUGGAGCCAUCCACUUUUGGUUGGCCAUCUUACCCCGUUGAACCAAUGUGUAUUUGAAUAAGAGUGCGGAAAAUAAUAGUGAAGAUCGA